AUGGAAAGCUCAAAAAUCGAGUCUAUUGUGCCUCUACUUGAGAUAACUCAUGAAAAGCCAGGUCCUCCAGCUGCACCCAUUACCAUUGCUGUUGUUGGUGCUGGUCAAAGAGGUAAAGGGUAUGCCUACUAUUCUAUAGCACAUUCUAAAUGGCUUAAAGUGGUUGCAGUGGCUGAGCCGAAUGAUUUUAGAAGGAAAAAUAUGAAAGAGCGAUAUUUAAUUCCAGACAAGAAUGUAUUCAAUGACUGGCGUGAUUUAGCUAGCCGACCUAAACUAUGUGACGCGGUGAUAGUUGCUACUUUGGAUAAUAUGCACACAGAACCAGCAAUAGCUUUCGCUAAUCUUGGAUAUCACAUUCUUUUGGAAAAACCAAUGGCUGUCACACUUGAAGAUUGUCGCUUAAUUACCGAAGCUGUUAUUCAAAACGAGAUUACCUUUGCUGUGGGUCACGUGCUUAGGUACACACCUCAUAAUAUACUUAUUAAACGUAUCAUCGAAUCUGGUAUCCUUGGUGAUAUUGUGAAUAUUCAACACAUGGAACCCGUAGGAUUCUGGCAUUAUGCACAUUCGUAUGUUCGCGGUAAUUGGAGAAACGAAAAAGAAGCAUGUUUUUCUUUGAUGACAAAGAAUAUAAGCUCUUUUGGAAACUUGAGACAUUUCCGUUCAAGUAACAAGCCUAAGAAUGCUGGUGAUGCAAAGCGAUGUUUAGAUUGUGCAGCAGAACCUUCUUGUCCUUAUUCGGCCAAAAAAAUUUAUCUUGAUCGCGUGAAACGAGGGUAUUCUGGAUGGCCUAUGAGUGUGAUAACGGAUAUUGAAGAUAUUGAAAAUGUCACCAAAGCUUUGGAAAACGGUCCGUAUGGUCGUUGUGUGUAUGAAUGUGAUAAUGAUGUAGUGGAUAAUCAAGUCGUAAAUAUGGAAUUUGAAAAUGGUGCAACAGCUUCAAUUUUUGGAACACUGGGUGAACUCGAAUGCGACGGUAUGGAUGAAAUACGGUAUUAUGAUUUCUUAAAUAAUCGUCGUGAAACCUUAACACCAAGUCGUCUUCUUAAAGUACUUGAUUUACGAGGUCAUGGCGGUGGUGACUUUGGGUUGAUGGAAUCGUUCACUCGCGAGGUAGCAUUACGUGGUAAACGAGAUGAUAAAAAUUUCACCGCGAAAUAUGUGAAAUCUGGAGCAUUAGAAACUUUCGAUUCUCAUCUUUAUGUAUUUGCCGCGGAACAUGCCCGUAAAACCGGAAAAGUUGUAAACAUUCAAGAAAUUAAGCGUGAAUUUGGAGUCGAAGAUUUUUCUUAA